GCGAUCUUUACAAUAAAACUAGGCUGCUAUAUCAGCUUUCGAGUUGCAUUCUCUGCAUCAACCGCUAUUGUUAAUUACAAUAAUCCGACAGACGCUCGCUGCACCAAUCCGAUUACCCCGCCAUGGACGCCGCGCGCAAGGGCGAAGCUGCGCUCAGCGCCAGCAACUAUGACGAAGCGAUUCAGCACUUCACCGACGCGAUCAAGUCGAAUUCAGCCGCCGUAAAAUACUACAUCGGCCGCGCUACAGCUUACCAGCGUGUCAAAAAGUACGCCGAAGCACUCGCUGACUCCGAAAUCGCUGUUGCCCUCGCCUACAAACGCGCUACUCGAGAGCUGAUCAAGGACGCCCAAUUUCGCCGCGCCCAGCAGCUCUUCUUCCUCGAACGAUACGCCGACGCCGAACACAUUCUAGAGAUCGUGAAGAGGCUUGACGAGAAGGAGAAGACAUUGCCCAUCUGGACUGCCAAGGUCGCGAAGAAGCUACAGGAGAUCUCCGAGGGUGACGAGAAGAGGAAGGUCACGGUGAAGGACGUGCCAGACCUAGAGGCUCCUAGCACCGCACAGGACACAACCACUGCCGAGGAUACAGAGGCAAGUCCUGCGGCAGCUCCCAAACCAGUCGUACCUACUCCUGCCAACAAGAUCAAGGACGACUGGUAUCAGAGCAACGAUACGGUCACUGUCAACAUUCUGGCAAAGGGUGCACCAAAAGACAAAGUCAGAGUCGACUUUGACAAGGACUCAUUAUCAGUCUCCUUCCCCGUCGAGGGCGCUGGCGCAGAGUACAACUUCAAUGUCGACCCUCUUUAUGCGCCCAUCGACCCUACUGAAUCGAAAUUCCGCGUCACAUCGAAUAAGGUUGAGAUCACCCUGAGAAAGGCAUCACAAGGCGUGAAAUGGAAGACACUCGAAGGCGACCGUAUGGUGGACGGAGCUGAGGGCUCGAAGUCGGCUAUCCCUGAACACAUCCUCACUGGCAAGUCAGUCCAGGAUUCCGCACCUGUAUACCCCACAUCAUCCAAGUCUGGUGCCAAGAACUGGGAUAAGCUCGCCGCGGAAGAUCUUGAUGACAAGGAUGAGAUUGAAGGCGAUGAGACCAGUCACUUCUUCAAGAAGCUCUACAGCGGGGCCACAUCGGAACAGCAGCGGGCAAUGAUGAAAUCCUACCAAGAGAGCGGCGGUACAGUCCUCAGCACAGACUGGAGCAACGUGGGAAGCAAGACCGUCGUGCCCGAGCCGCCCGAAGGCAUGGAGGCGAGGAAAUACUAGAAGACCGUCGCGCCUUCUAUACCUCGCAGAUUGAACAGGUCAAAAAUCUCCACGCCUCGGGAGUCGUCGUCAUCUGCUCCACAAAAGCGGAAGCUCAUUUAUAGCAAUGUCGGGGAGGAAGUCGCGUUGUGUUUUGAUGGCAGUAUGCCGCAUCAAUACAAGAAUCGGGCAGGGGAGUGGAAGGACUGCUGUUGUCAGGGUGGCUAGAAGCACACAUUACAACGCCGACCAGUCAAACCGCAGCAGUCUGACGCUGAUAAGGACGGAUCUUCUGGCUCGAAGAACGGCUUGUCAAAGGAUAGUACGACAUAAUCAUUUGGUGGUCUAGUCGUCAUUGCAUAGCAUGGGCAUUUACACAUAAGCAUGGUGUUAUAGGAGACUCAUUAUGUAGCACGAUCAACGAUAUCGAUGCUUUACCACGCCCUUGGUUCUCCAGGUCCCAGUGUCCGUUCAAUUCAGAGAAAGCUUAC